GAUGCACAGGAAUUUAUGGUACCUCUGAAAGAAUGUGUUGAUAUGGAGGAGCUUUUAAAAGAAGACAGUAAAGGAUGCGAGUUUGAGAUUGAUGAAGAUCAGCUACCACCUAAUCUGCAAGGGGAAAAUAACUUUUUUGAUAAUGAAGAUAUCUUUAAAAAUUUGACCCGUGCCAGCCUGUUAAAAGGACAUGAUGAUGAUGCAUCAUCAGGAGAUGAUGAUUUGUCUUUUGACAAAGUUGGUCUGAAAAUGGAAGACAUCACUAAAGAUGGUGGAGUUAAGAAAAAGAUCAUCAAACAAGGAACAGGGGAGAUCGUAACAUCUGGAGUCUCAGUUAGGGUUCACUACAAUGGAUUCUUAGAAUUUUCAGAUGAGCCGUAUGAUUCAAGUCGUUUGAGAAAUAAACCACAACACUUCAAGUUAGGAGAAGGUGAAGUGAUCCCAGGCAUGGAUAUUGCUGUAUCCACUAUGAAGAAAGGGGAAAUGUCCCAGUUUCUUAUACAGUCAGCCUAUGCAUUUGGAAAGAAGGGAGUGCCACCAAGAAUACCAGAGGAUGCAACAAUAUUGUUUGAGAUUGAAUUGCUGCACUUCACGGAUGAUUGUAUAACUGAUAAUCCAGGUAAAGAUGCAGAUUGGAAAGAGGUUCUUAAAGUUGUGAACAGUCACAGACAAAUGGGAAAUGACCUGUUUAGGUCAAAUGCAAUACACAAAGCUUUCAAUAAAUAUCAGAAGGCUUAUAGACUUCUUGAGGAUGCUCGUCUCAAAAAUGAAUUUGAAGAAGAGGAGAUGAAAGCAGUGAUGCUUAAAGUCUGCCUGAAUAUGUCAUUGUCUUCCUUCAAAUUAGGCAAUUCCCCAAGAGCUGUCACAUUUGCUAAUAAAGCUAUUGCUAUAGAUGCGAAAAAUGCCAAAGCUCAUUUUAGGAAGGGACAGGCUUUACUCCAUUUGAGUGACUUCAGUCGAGCUAGAGGAAGCCUAAAGACCGCACAGAAGCUUGCACCAAAUGAUGGUAGUAUUGUAAAAGAACUGCAUAAGUUAGAGAAAGCAUGUAAGACAUUCAAAACCCUGGAAAAGGACAUGUGUUCAAGAAUGUUUAUGAAGUCUAAAGCCAAACCGAAUGAGGAUUCUAAAGUUGAAAAAGAAAAAGAAACUGAAACUGUUUGUGCUAAAUCUUUUGAAGACCAAGUAAAUGAGAGCUUGAGUGCUUUUGAAGCUGAUGAAUCUACUUGCAAGGUAUUUCCAAGUUCAACAUUAAGCACAUCUGAAAAGGAAUUUAUCCUGAAGAAAGCAGAGAGUUUGGGACUACGUGUAAAAACCUGUGAAGAGUCUACUGGUUAUGAUGUAAUAAGAGUAACUAAGCCACAGUAUGAUUGAAGAAAAUGUAGGCUUUCAAGCAAGCAUUAAGUUGCAGCCACUAAGCUGACCUGCAAAUUUGCAUCUUCAUAAUUUGGCAAUGAACCAGAUCGUUUGGCAGCCACCUCUCCCCCUACUCUUCCAAAGGAUGUAGUGGCACACAAGCCAGAUGUGUAUACUGGACCUCUGGCUUUGUCUUGGUUUUACCAACUGAACUCUGGGUGAGGAGCAUUUCACCAACGCCAAUGUUAAAGAUGUAUUGUCCCUUGCAAAAAUAAGUGUAUUUCACUCAUAACUUUACAGCGAAAAAUGAUAGAAAAACUUCCAGAAGUUUUUUUUUAUUAUUUUUAUUAUUGUUUUCAAGAAUAAAAGUCAGGGUACACAUUUUUUAAUAUAAUAAUUUCUAUGCUCAUGUUUUUAGGUGAAAUCAUAGGUGGGGCUGUUAAAUUUUUUAAAGUAAAUUUAGGCACACAAACAUCAUCUUCAGAGUGAUGCUAUGUCUGAUCCAUAUGGACUACUUGAUACACCUGGUGUUUCCAUCAGCUGCUUGAUCAAUUAUAUUAGAAUGAGCUCAGUCAAUGACAUGGUACCGCCACCUAUUUGUGUUGUUUUAACAAUAAAGUUGUCAUUCUGAAGAUGAUGUUCCUGCAAUGAACAUCAAAACUGUUAGUAGAAGUCAGUUCAAGUAAAUUGGUUGGUAAUCAUAGACAAUUUUUCACAUAUUACCUACAAACCAGAUGAAUGUUUUUGAAAGGUGGGCUUCUUGAGAUUAAGCCCAUGAGGCUUCAAUUAAAGGUUUUACAGUACUUUUUUCAGUGAACUAAUAAACUUGAACUAUAAAAUGAA